AUGGCGGACCGGGCUAUGUUCGGUCUGGUCUGGAUGUGGGAGAAUUUGUUCAUGGGGACUAAAACGUCUGAUGAGCCUCUGGAAACGACAACAACUGAGGCUUUAAGCUUUCCUGUUAAAUCUUUUGUACCUGUAAGACCGCCGGCUGUAUCUGAGUUGCUGGCAACUUCCGCUGCCACCGUUAUCGCGGCGACUUCUUCUCCCUCCAGAAGCAACACAAAUCUCGGGCUGCACGUUUACCCGCAGCAACACGAGAAAGAUGGGAGGCACUUCAAACAAGGUGCUGUGUACGCCUCAACUCAAGACAGAGAAGCGCACUCCAAGGCACCUCAGUUAGAUGAGCUCACAGAAGAAGCGCCAGCGGCGACAAGGAAUGGCGCGGCAGUCACCCCACGAAAGGUUCGCCCUAGUCAGAGUCCUUCCGGCAACUUGAACAGGCUUUCCGUUCCUUCGCGUCAGCCGUAG